GUGAAAGUCGCUCUGUAGCGCGUUAAGAGGUUUGUCAAUGUGUUUGGCAACCUCGGUGCUUCAACGCACCCCAUAGAUAUAGAUUAAGUAUGGAUGAUAUUGACAAAAUUAUACCUUUUAUAUGUAUAUUACGGAAAUAUACUAAUUACUUUGUAUACUGGCCGCGUACUACCAAAACUAAAGCCUGUACAAGUAAGAUACUAAUUUCGAACUAACAUAGUAUUUGCCACCCAUUAAGCAUCCAUGAUUGGUAAAUGAUUCCUUAGCUUCCAUACAUGUGAUCAUAUGAGCACGCGUGACAUGAUGAUUUCACAGUGUAAGUCAAUGUUGCAUGUAUUGGACACGUUGUAUGCGUCAGUUAGGUCUGGGAUUCCACCAAAUACAUCUCAGUAGACAGUGAAUGUGACCGCGGCAUAUCACAAGCUCUACCACAGAGAUUGGGGAAGAAAGAGACAGGAAAUUCAUGCAAUCUGUGAGACAUUCUGGGGAGUUUCUCCUUUGUACGAUUUGUAAGAAAUUUUUUCGCUGAAAUCUCGGGAACAGUAUCAUCAAAAAGUCAGUGUACUCCAAGGGCCUACCCACACUUUCAAUGCCAAUUCAACUGCUGACGGAAAAAAAAAUACCAAACACUAUGCCACAUGACAAAGAAGCAACAAAUUUGAGUUGAAAUCGGUGAAAAAGAAAAAUCAAUUUACCACCAUAUUAUUGUAAUUUUGUUGUAAAACUAAGACAACAGAUCAAGUGAAAUUUAGCAACAAGAUAUUCUUUUUGUGGUAAUAUGACUUCGGCGCUGGAUACACUUUUGGAAGCAGCUAAAUUUAUAGAACAGCAGGAGGAAUUGUCGCGACAACGAUCCAUAUCAUCAGUUUCUGGUCAAGCAACAUAUGCCACAUCAUUCCCACCAUUGUCAACUAGUGGACAAGGAGCAUCCACAUCGUCCCAUAUUUUGUCCAACAAUACAAAUCAACCUACAAAUGUCGUACGAUAUGUUCACAAUCAACAGACAUCAUCGCCACUGGGAAGUCCUGUGUUGAAUAGCAACAACACGGGGAAUAAUGGGAACAUUCUUUUGCCUCCAAAUCAACAAUUUCCAACUUUGAUCCGUCUUGAUGGGAAUGGCUCAGAAGAACCACUCCUCAAUGGACAUGCAAUUGCCACCCCACCGCUUGUGGUGUUCAGCCAUCCGCCACAGCAUCAUGUUCAUAGUGGCAGCAGCACUCAUUCCCCUUCGCCCCAGUCGUCGUUUGAGCUGUCGCGCAGUCGAAGCUCAUCCGGCUCCUCCAAUCACCCAGUAGCCGGCAGUAAUGGUUCAACAGCCGUCAUCCACCAUGUCCUGGUGGGUGGUGAGGAUUCGUCGCAGUCGAGCCUGAAUUUGAAUGGGGGAUCCAGUGGAUAUUUGAGCGGUAGCAGUGUCAACUCUGUAUCUGGACUCAAUCUCAGUGCAACUGGCGCAAAUGGUAUCAAUACUGGGACAGUGGCAACUGUAGCACUCAAUGGUACAACUACCAUGGAGCAGAUUCAGUUGCAGGUUCAGGCAGCGCCGACAGGACGCCGAAGGACAACGAGUACAAACAGUAAUGGUGGAACCCAACGUAGCCCAUGCAUUCUCAGGGCGGGCACACGUGAGGUGCACAACAAGUUGGAGAAGAAUCGGCGUGCACAUCUGAAGGAGUGCUUUGAGCAGUUGAAGAAACAAUUGCCACAGAUGCCAGAGGAGAAGAAGACAUCCAAUCUCUCAAUUUUAAGUGCAGCUAUUCGAUAUAUCCAAACGUUGAAGAGGAAGGAGCGGGAGCUGGAGCAUGAGAUGGAGAGAUUGGCCAAGGAGAAAAUUUCAUCGCAACAGAGGAUUAUUGUUCUCAAGAGGGAAUUGUCGUCACAAUAUGAGAAUAUUGACUUUUCUACCAUUCUUCCGGAGUCAGAUGCCCCUACAAACAGUAUUCGUGAACGAGAGUCAUCGACUGAACCAUCAAUGCCACCGGGAAGUUCAACUUCGGUACGCUAUGGGUCGACAUCCUCACUGGCUAGCAUCACAAAUGCCGCAUCUCCGAGUCCUGGGCAGAUUGGAUCACCAGUGAUGGCAUCUCCGACGAGAAAGUCCACUGUAUCUCCACAUCCGGCUAGUUCAGGGAGUUCUCACACUGUGGUAACCACGAAACACUUGUACUCCACCACAACAGCUCCCCUGGUGACAGAUCCUACGACAGGAGGCCUCGUGACGUCGACCGCAGUGAAAAUUGCCAUGCCAGGAGCAACAGCCUUUUCAAAUCCCCAGUCAAUUGCCACAAUUGGCGCCAUUAAUUUUACCACGGCUGAUGGACUAAGUCCGGGCAUGUUGACAGCCACAAAUGCCACAAUGCCACUCAAUCUCAACUCCAGCCACCAUUCCCAAGCACUACAGAUCAUCAGUACGGCGAGUGGGAAGGAUCUAGUGGGAAAGAAUGGGAUUAGAACGCAGAGUGAACUGAGGGACAAUUCCCCACCGAGUCUCGUGAUCAAUGGCAAGGAGCAGCCAAAGUUGGAUCUUCUCACAAAUGCCGCUGCUAGUGCCACAAAAUUGGACACAGAACCACCCACCAAGGUGAUCAAAUUGAUCAAUGGGAGCAUCGCUCUGGCAUCCAUGGACAAGGAGAGCAAAAUCAUUCCAUCCAGCCAGCUUACUCUCUCACAAAUGAUGAGUGGGAGUAGCUUGGUGGUGAGUCCCAUUCCCUUUCUUACGCCAUCCCAGAGUCUCAGGGUGAUUGGAUCAUCACCCAAUGGCCUGGCAACCAUUGAGCUCAGUCCAGCAAGUCCGGCACGGGCUCAGACACACCAUACAGUUCCUCAGACGGGUGGAGCACAGCUUCAUAAGUUGCUGGCCACGGGACAGGCUCCUGGAGCUACCACUACCAUGGUAUCCACUUCCGGUGUCAGUGCCUCAGUGUCAUCUGUGACUCCUGAAUUGGCGAGGCUUCCGGGUGGUGCAGAGCUCAAUAUUCUGCCCGCCGGUCCCAAUGGGACAAUCUAUCGGGGUCAGAGUGGCAAAUUGGCCAUCAUGAACAAUGGCAUUACACUUAAAGGAAGUGACACAACCAGUGCCAAUAAUCGAGCUGUCCAUGUCGUCACACCAAUCCAGUCCAACUCCACGCCACUGUCAGGUCUAACGCCCAUUGUGGUGUCUCAGGGACAAGGUGCAGCCAGUCUCGCUCACAUUAUAGCCUCGACCUCACAGCUGGCAGGAAAGGUCGUAACAACACCACUGUCCGUGAAUGGGCAAGGUUUGCCCCUAGUUCCGGGCACUCAGUACCUGAGUACAACCGUCAUGAAGCCGAUGGUUGUCGCCAUGGCCAGUAGCAGCAACAAUCCGGCAAGUGGAGCUUGUACAGUGUCCACAGCCACCCCCAGUACCAAUGGCCUCCCACCGAGCUCCUCAGCCGUCGUUCUACACCAUCACGCGGCUCCGACCACCGUGGCCGCUAAUGAGAGUGGCGGUGUCUAAAAAUGCGCCGACAAGGUAUUUAUGUACAUACACACAAAAUGUAACUCCUCACAAAAUUUAACUCCUUGUCGAGCAUUUCAUUUUUAGUUUUUUUUUGCUAAUUUCUAAAUCAAUCACAAAUCAAAUUCAUACAGAGAAAUAUAAGAGAAUAUAUUAGAUAAAAAGAAAACAAUGGAUCGUAAGAAUGAUCCAUAUCAAUUAGAAAAAAAAGAAAGUAAUCUGUGAAGUACACAGUCACUUUUAGUUUGAUGGACAGUGAGGGAGUGUAUUUCUGGUCGAGUGGAGCGAUUCCAAAUGCGAGAUAUAAAGUGCAAAGAAUGUGAAGAUGAUCUUCAUAAGAUGGGACAUUAAAAGAUGAUUAAUUGGGGAAUUUAGACUAAAAGUAUAAUAUUCUUUUUUUUUUGAGAAAAACCACACAGUGAAAAAAUAUUGUAAAUAACAAUAUAAAUGUAUUUUAUACAUUUUGAAAAUGGAACAUACUAAUAGUAGAAGCAUGAAAUUAAAAGAAAAAAAUAGUGUCUAAUAGUCACAAUGAAGAAAAAAUGAGGAAGGAGAAAAGUUAUAGAAAAUAUUCCGUUUGUAUUUUAAUAAACGCAGAAUAAUGAGAUACGCACAAUUAUUUUUGUUUUAUAAAUAUUCGUUUGAUAAUUCUGCGAGGAGUACAAUAUGUGCGCUUCACUCAAAUACGGUGUAUUUUAAAAAAAAAUUGAAAAGACAUAAGUUUUUGUGCGUUUCUCAAUAUUCUAUCACAAAAAUAUAUAUUUCUGUAUGGUGCGUUUCUCAUUAUCCAAAAAAAAAACAAGGAAACCUGUAAAUAUCAUAUUUUAUUAGAAAAUAUAUAUUUUGUACUUAUAUUUCUGAUAUAGAUGAAAACUAACUAAAAAAAAUUGUGCAGUAAAAAUAUUUCUAUACUUUCAUACUUUAUCAAUCUCAAACAUUUUUUUUUAUUUUUGCAUUUCAAUGUUCUUGAAGAAAAGUGAUGGGUGAUCUUGGCGGUUUCUAAUUAUUCACUUGUCAUAAUUAAAAGUAGGGCACACAUUAUUUAUCUGAUACUCAAUAGUUUAAAAUUAAAAAAAGAAAAACAUAAAUUAUUGUAUUAAAUAUGUUCUAGUCCAAUCUUAUUUUACUGACAAAUUUCUAUUACAAUAUUUCUUUUGCUGCAACCAUUUUCAGAAAAUCAAAAUAUACCAAUAAUUUUCGUCCCGAGAGAGACAAAUUACAAAAAAAAUCAGUUACUUUUUUUUACACUAAACAAUUUAUUUAUAUUCUCAUUUUUUUUGCUUACAAGGAGAAAAAAACGCAUUUUACCACCUAAUUUUUUUUUAUAAUAAAUAUUUUUUACAUUUAAUUUUAGGUGUUUAGCGCUAGUGUUAGCAAGUAUGAAUUUUUUUGUUCUUAAAAUUGUUGUAUAAAUAGCUCUACUAUAGAGCGUGAAAUAAAAAGAGAAAGAAAAAAAAGAUCUUUAGUCAAACAAGGAAGCACUAUCAUCUUACUAAAAAUUCAGAGUACUGUUGCAAAAAGUAAAGCCAGAUAGAGAAAAUAAAGGAGAGAAAUCUUUAUAAGAAUAUCCAUAUAGAAAUACACACACACAAAUUAUGAAUUUUAAAAGGAGUAAUGUAUAGUGUACGAAUGCCUAGAAAUGUGAAUGUGUGAAUGAAGAAUGCAAGAAAUAAAAAUGUGUACAUAAUUUAUCACAAGGUAAUUAAGGAAAAAAAAUAUAAAUUGACUAUAGUACUACAAUUAUUGCAUAAGAAGUGUGAUAAGAUUAUAAAUAUUAAUAUGUAACACAACAGAUAUUAUAACAAGAAGAAAAACAAAAAAAGAAGAAAAUGAUUAAAUAAAAAAGUAAAAAAUAUCA